AUGGCUCCUAAAGAACCGUCUCCGAUCGUCAAAUCGUAUCUAAUUCUUUACAACGCCGCCCAAGUGCUCGGCUGGUGUUACAUGCUAUAUCAACUGAUAGCUUACUACACCGUCGACAAAGGCACGGAACAAACACUGUGGGAGUAUCUCGGAUUUACCGUCAUACUGUUCCAAAAUGCAGCCCUGCUUGAGAUUGUCCACGCAUUUACGCGUAUCGUGCCCAGCAAUCCCAUCCUCACCACGUUCCAGGUGUUGUCCCGCGUGAUGGUUGUCUGCGGUGUUGUGAUGGCAACUCCCACCGGCAAAGUUUCGCCCGGACUUCCGCUGGCCAUCUUAGCCUGGUCGGUGACGGAGAUCAUCCGAUACGCGUACUAUGCCCUUAAUCUGAUCGACGCCGUACCGCAGUUGCUUAUCUUUCUGCGCUACACCACCUUCAUUGUGCUCUACCCGACCGGAGUGACCGGUGAGCUGCUGUGCUUUUACUGGGCCCAAUCACACGUCGCCCAAACGAAACAGUGGAGCAUCGAAAUGCCCAACACGUACAACUUUACCUUCUCGUACCUUUACUUCCUGUGGGCGGUGAUGCUGCUCUACAUCCCACUGUUUCCCCAGCUGUACAUGCACAUGUUUGCCCAGCGCCGAAAGAUUCUUGGAUCCAGCUCGUCCAGCGCAGGCAAGCAGAAAAGCAAUUGA